UUCUUACUCCACGGUCUCACCGACACACCUUCGCCAGUUCCCCGGUCCACCUGUCGACCUCGCCCCGAAGAAAACCAUGAGUUUCAGCGGUACCUUCAAGCCUUCCAAGAUCGACAAGGAGGGGAUGAAAAAGUUCUACGAACUUCUGGAGGCUCCCCCGGCUGUUUUGGAAGGUUUGGAGAAAUUUGGGCCGGACAAGAUACACUUCACCACAGUGGACAACGGAGACUCCAUAACCACUACUAUACAUGGUCUUCCAGACGGAGACAAGGUGAAGACCAUGAAGCUGGGUGAGGAAGUGGACGACCAUGGUCGCCUGGGGAAGCUCAAGCUGAAAAUGGUGCGGGAUGGAAACAAGAUGCGUUCCACGGAGACCUACGCCAACGGGAAAACCAGCAGCAUCGUGCGGGAACUCAACGGGGACGAGAUGACAGUCACUAUGACUACAGGUGACUUCACGGUCUCCCAUGUGUACAAGCGGGAGUGAUGACAACUGUUGGAACGGCAACUCACUUCUUCAACGGGUGCCUGAUUUCUACGAAGCCACCGUGCACAUGCAUAAGCUGCUUUUCAAACGCUUCCGUAAACGUAAACCAAGCACACUAGUACCAUUCUACGAAGGCCCACAGCGACAAUACAUGUGGAAACAGUAGCCAAUCAAACAGUAGCAAAGCUGUCUACUUUUGUCGUUCAGCUUGCUACUGCUGAUAUCAUGUAAGAAGACCGUACACGGUCUACGAUUGGGCGUUGAUAUCCUUUUGGUUGCAGUGUGGUUUUCUAUGCAAUAAAUUGCCUUUUUUGCAAAGAUC